UUGUCAAUUAAUGCCGACCUCAUCGAAAUCCUGAAACAGUAUAACCACAAACAAGACUUGAGCGAGCGAUGCACAUAGUGGCUCGAUCAACUCAGCUUACCAUAUGACUGAGAUAACCUUGAAAAUUAGCCGCCACGAAGUGGCUUUUUUACAAAUUUGAAAUUUAAAUUCCAUAUCUUUAGUAAAUCCCUCAGUCAAAAUUUAACAUUCUCAUGUUGUUGUUGACAAAAUUGUGAAAAUGGUUUCAGUCCAAUCGUUCAAAAUUCACACUCUAUAUGUCCACGAGCGCUCGUAAAACUUUGACGUCAAAUUUUAUCCCGAGACAUUGUCAGAGAUCUCUAACGAAGAGCAGCACUUUAGAAGUUAGAUCCAAGGGUGCGGAACGAUGAGAAGGCGUGCUCGUUCCAAAAACGUCCGACCGGGCUCAAGCUCUUGAGACAUCGAGUCAAAGACUACCCGCACGGCGAUUCACCCCCUCGUCCACUCCAGGACAACCAGGAGGCCAUCUCAGCGACCAGUUCCGGUUCCGACUCUAUUCGCGGUUCCGGAACAACACCAAUUAAUGUCCGGCAAAAAUGAGAAUAGGUUUCAUAUUCCUCCUCCUACUCCACGCCGCGCCGUUCAUCCUAGGCCAACGCUCGGGCAACAUCAAGAGCUCCUACAACGACACGCUAUCACUGGACGAAGAGCCGCCUGGCGACAAUGACGCACCCCCGACGUUCCCCUCGACGCCAACGUCCAACGACGCCUACGACGACUUCGGACCCAGCGCACCUCCCGCGUCCUCCCCAGAACCUCCACUACCCCAAUCGCUAGCUCCGCCCACUACCCCCAUCACCGAGGUGACGUCACCAUCGACGUCACCUCUUCAGGAGUCGGAACCCGAGGUAGAACCAGAGCUAGAACAACCGGCCGAGCCGUUCCCGUUGGGUCCGCCCGACACGAGUAAGAUAGAGUAUUCGGACGUGGACUACGAAGACGCCAAGUCUAGCAGCACGACGAAAUCCGUGCCUCUACCCAGAUUCACGAAGAGGACAACGACCAUAACGACAAGCACACGCGCACCGGCAAUAAUCGAACCAGAACAAGACUAUAUACCUCCUCCGGCCUCCUCGGGGUCGCUGAAGAUCCCGAAGUUCGAUGUUCCGCGCGGCAGUAACGAACGCUUCAAGGCGAAUGGUGGGGGUCCGCCACCCUUCAGGAGAUUCGAGCCGGGGGGCUCCAACGAGAGGGAGAUCAGGCCGUGGGACAGGGAGAGCGGCUACACGGGGAACAGGAGCCCCUUCGGCAGGGCCAGGGCCUCGGCCGACGGGCCCAGCGGCUACCUCCGCGACCCGGUGGACAGCGGCUAUCAAGUGGCGGAGGAGAGGUUGGCCGACGAUGGGAAGGCCGACGGCAAAGCGACCACACAACAGAUGAUGCUCGGUAUUGCUCUGGCCUCUGUCUUUGCUGCUAUGCUCGUCAUUUUCAUCCUUACCUUCCUCCUCAUGGAUCGUAUUGUGGCUCUUGCUUGAAAGAUAAAAAACUAAGUCGAUCAUAAUGGGUGUAACUUCCAAUGAAUCAUGUGGUCAAAUACCUCUGCAUAACACCCCAAGCAUGAACGUCCCGAUGCCUAUCGAAUCUGAGAUCGAAAAUUAUUGAAAACGAAAUCGAAUCGUUUUAUUGGGGUAAGAGUGCUCUCAGAAAUAGCUCUAGAGCGGCGGAAAAUAUUCUCAUCAAUUUUUUUGCAAAAAUUUGAAUUGCACCAAGGAGCUCCAGUGUUGAAGAGGAAAAUUUCAACGAAAUCUUGUUAAAAACAAAGCGGGUCAGCUUGAAACCUGCGAAACUCUUGACGUCCUCGCGGACAACUUAUUUUUGCCAGAAAAGGGGAUAGGGGGAUGACCGAUUGACGAUGCUUAAGUAUUCCAAAUCGGUCCGCAUAUUUGCACAAUGUUGUAAAUAAAGCUGUAUGUCUGUCUUGUACUGGCCAAAACAAUCCCUAAAAGCACAAUUUGUCUAUUGUAGCGUUCUUAUUUUCCAGAUGUAUAUGUCCAAAAGUUAUCUGUCACUGUUAUUGUUUUUGAUAUUGUCACUUAUUUUAGCUACUAUAGAAAUCGAUUGUAUGCUGCAUGCAAGCCAAUUUUAAAGGGAACCCCUUUUUUAUUUAAAUACGAAAUAAUCAAUAGAGACGAAGAAAGCUUCAGAAUUUGUAUUAUGGGUUUCACUGUAUAACCGACUUUUCAGAUAUCUUAGUGCAAGUCUUUUUUCAACAAAUCCAUUUCGAAUUUGUUUUAAAGGGGUGGGAUAUUUCGAAGAAGCUAAUGCGUAUGCAUAUUUUAUUUCUUUAAAUAACUUAUUUUGCAAUCCGUCUUAAAUCAUUGGUAUUUAUUUAGAUGACUGGCAGUUUACGCGAGUUUCGCAGGGGGGGGGGCGCUAUCUUGCGUGUUUAUCCGUAAACACUCCAUGCAAUUAAUUUUAUAAUUACUCCAAAAUAAUACAAAUAAGUUAAUAAAAAAACAAAUAAGCGUGCGGAAAGGCAAGAAACACUCGUUGAUCACUCUCCUCACAGCUUGACUUCACCUUCGAGUUCCCCUUCAAUAACUAUGAUGGCAAUAUGGGCGACUUUGAAGCACGAAUAGUUGCGCGUUUAGUAAUAGUGUUGUUCCUUUCGCCUUCCGGGUUGAUUGUUGAAAUUUAUAGACAAAGCUAUAGACAAAGAAGACAAGAAGGAUGUGGAUGAAUCCUACUGGUGGAAGCGGGUGGUUGCAAUGGGCGAUAGAGGGAGGUAACAGAGUAACUAACGGUUAAGAGAGACGCUAUAGUUGGUCCAUCAUUUUCUCCCUCAGUCUAUAAAAACCAAUCAUUUCAACCAAUAGGAUUGUUCCAUACUCCCUAUGUCUUCUUUGUCUAUUGCUUUGUCUAUCAAUUUCAACGAUCAGCCCGCAGUUCCAGCGAGGAACACACGUUCUUCUUCUCACUGCAUAUGUCUCUCAUGUAGAUAUAAUCCUUCCCUCUGCUUGCUUGGUACAGAGAAAUGUAACGUGACUGUUCGCGUUCUAUUUUUACAUACACCUCUAUAAAAUGAACUGAUGGAAAAGUUGUUGAAAAUUUCAACAACUUUUCCAUUACGAUUUCAACUUGAAAUCGUAGGAGCAAAUUAAAAGAAUUAUUCAUCUUCAAUCCUCAUGACCGCAAUUUCUACUAUUCUGUUGACCGGGAUAGGCACUAGUUGACUUUCUGAUUUUUUUACGCAUUGUUGCCGAACACAUGACUGCUCGAAAAAUCCAUUCUCUCCCUCGCACCCAAUCAUCCACACGGGAAACUUCACUUUUCUCAACGGCGAUUUCUUCGCAGGUUUUGCAUACAGGAAUACAAUUUCUUAGCUGCUAUACACGCAUUAAAAUACAAUUUGGGCGAAAAUUCAAAUCAGCGGCGUGGCGUGCU